UGACAGCCACGCGCGCACGUGCGCGCCCGGCCGCAGCGCGGCCCCGAGGCCUCUGUUGGCCGCUGAGAGGCGCGCGGAGGCUGGCCGGCUGCCGUCUAGGGGCCCCGUGCCGGGGCGUCCCCAGCGUCCCCGGCCCGAGUCCCUGAGCGCCGGGCCGUGUCCACCCCGUCGGUCCUGGCUAGUGUUUCGUCCCCGUGGCCGUAAGGGCCCGCCCCCCGACUCCCCUUUACGCUCCCGGGGCAGGGUCCUCACGGCCCAUGCUGGCCGCUGGGGGCCCGCGCCGCCCAGACAGUUCCUCGGCCGGCCAGCCGGCCACCAUGGUGGCCCUGAGGCCUGUGCGGCUCCUCCAGGGGGGCUAACCGGUCCAGAGCGCAGGUCUCGGGGCGCGAGGGUCCCAGGCCUGAGCCCCGCGCCAUGGCUGGGGCCAUCGCUUCCCGUAUGAGCUUCAGCUCGCUCAAGAGGAAGCAGCCCAAGACGUUCACCGUGCGGAUCGUCACCAUGGACGCCGAGAUGGAGUUCAAUUGCGAGAUGAAGUGGAAAGGGAAGGACCUCUUUGAUUUGGUGUGCCGGACCCUGGGGCUUCGGGAAACUUGGUUCUUUGGACUGCAGUACACAAUCAAGGACACCGUGGCCUGGCUCAAAAUGGACAAGAAGGUGCUGGAUCAUGAUGUUUCAAAGGAAGAGCCAGUCACCUUUCACUUCCUGGCCAAAUUUUAUCCCGAGAAUGCCGAGGAGGAGCUGGUUCAGGAGAUCACGCAACAUUUAUUCUUCUUGCAGGUAAAGAAGCAGAUUUUAGAUGAAAAGAUCUACUGCCCUCCCGAGGCUUCUGUGCUCCUGGCUUCUUACGCCGUCCAGGCCAAGUAUGGUGACUAUGACCCCUCUGUUCACAAGCGGGGAUUUUUGGCCCAAGAAGAAUUGCUUCCAAAAAGGGUAAUAAAUCUGUAUCAAAUGACUCCAGAAAUGUGGGAGGAGAGAAUUACAGCCUGGUACGCGGAGCACCGAGGCCGAGCCAGGGAUGAAGCUGAAAUGGAAUAUUUGAAGAUAGCUCAGGACCUGGAGAUGUACGGUGUGAACUACUUUGCAAUCCGGAAUAAAAAGGGCACAGAGUUGCUGCUUGGAGUGGAUGCUCUGGGGCUUCACAUCUAUGACCCUGAGAACAGGCUGACCCCCAAGAUCUCCUUCCCGUGGAAUGAAAUCAGAAACAUCUCGUACAGCGACAAGGAGUUUACUAUUAAACCACUGGAUAAGAAAAUCGAUGUCUUUAAAUUUAACUCCUCAAAGCUUCGUGUUAAUAAGCUGAUUCUCCAGCUCUGUAUUGGGAACCAUGACCUUUUUAUGAGGAGAAGGAAGGCUGAUUCUUUGGAAGUUCAGCAGAUGAAAGCCCAGGCCAGGGAGGAGAAGGCUAGAAAACAGAUGGAGCGGCAGCGCCUUGCUCGAGAGAAGCAGAUGAGGGAGGAGGCUGAGCGCACAAGGGAUGAGUUGGAGAGGAGGCUGCUGCAGAUGAAAGAAGAAGCAACAAUGGCCAACGAAGCACUGAUGCGGUCCGAGGAAACGGCUGACCUGUUGGCGGAAAAGGCCCAAAUCACUGAGGAGGAGGCAAAACUUCUGGCGCAGAAGGCCGCAGAGGCCGAACAGGAAAUGCAGCGCAUCAAGGCCACAGCCAUUCGGACGGAGGAAGAGAAGCGCCUGAUGGAGCAGAAGGUGCUGGAGGCUGAGGUGCUGGCGCUGAAGAUGGCUGAGGAAUCGGAGAGGAGGGCCAAGGAGGCAGAUCAGCUGAAGCAGGACCUGCAGGAAGCCCGCGAGGCAGAGCGAAGAGCCAAGCAAAAGCUCCUGGAAAUCACCACCAAGCCCACAUACCCGCCCAUGAACCCAAUUCCAGCGCCAUUGCCUCCUGACAUGCCAAGCUUCAACCUCAUUGGUGACAGCCUGUCUUUCGACUUCAAGGAUACUGACAUGAAGCGGCUUUCCAUGGAGAUAGAGAAAGAAAAAGUGGAGUACAUGGAGAAGAGCAAGCAUUUACAGGAGCAGCUCAAUGAACUCAAGACUGAGAUUGAGGCCUUGAAACUCAAAGAGAGGGAGACAGCCUUGGAUAUUCUGCACAACGAGAACUCUGACCGGGGUGGCACCAGCAGCAAGCACAACACCAUCAAAAAGCCUCAAGCCCAAGGCAGAAGACCUAUCUGCAUUUGAGCCCUCAAAGUAGGUUAUCCCAGCUCACCUUGCAGAGCGCCAAGUCCCGAGUGGCCUUCUUUGAAGAGCUCUAGCAGGUGCCCAGCCAGCCCAGGAUCUGCCACACCUGCUGCUCCCGGCACCAGAGGGAUGGGUCAGACACCGUGGGAGUCAUCAUAGGUGGGCUGGCUGGGGGCUUCCAUGGGAGCUCUGGAACUUUUCCCAGCUGAGUGGAGAGCCCAGCCCCCUUCAUGUGCAAUUGCCUUGAAAUGUGACCUGCAGAGAGCUCUCUCGUGGGGUUCUAGUUCAUUUUAAACAUUUUAAAGAAGUAUUUGUCUUUCCUCAUCUAAUGUGGGGUUCCAAACUUCCUUUGUCAAAGGCACCCUGGGGUCUGUGUCUCACUGUCCAGUGCUGACCUCCCGAGCCCCGGGGAGUGAAGUGUGCAGGAGCCCUGGAGACAGGGAGCCUGGUGCCACCGCCCCCACCCCACCCUGGCUCCAGAACGUUCAUCUCCUCCACUGGUGAGGAACUGGCAUGCAAAGAAGUGUGGCCCACCCGAGCGCAGGCCCAGAGCGGCCUGCCUGCCAGCCUGCCUGCUACAUAUCGUCGGUGAGCUGGCCUGUGGCUCCUGACAAGCCACGCGAUGUGUCCUCAGCCCGCACCCCCCCCCCCACCCCACCCCCCCAGCCUGAGGCUGCGCUCUGGCUGCCAGCUGGUGGAGAAUGGGAAAGGCAGCUGUGACUAGGGGAAGACUUUAGGCAGGAGCUGUGAUGAGGGGUCAGCUGCCAGCAGAGGGGCCGGGGGCCCAGCAGAACUGAGUAGGAAUCUGCUCCAUACAGAACACUCGCUGCCUUCCUCUUGCCACCACAGACCAGGGUUCGAGAGGCAGGCGGGAGCUGCGUGUCUUUCUCCCCGCCCUUCAGCCUUAGUCUCUCCUGCCUGUGGCAGGCCACGGGGGGACUCCCCGGUCACGCUGUAGUCAGCACCUGGUAGCCUGGCUGGGACUCUGUGGCCCCAUAGGUACUUCUCACUGUGGCCUCAGUCUGUGUUGCUGCCUGAAUCACCUUUCCUCCUGGGCCAUAUGCCAGCAAGCCCUUCCUUAGCCUUGACUGUACCGGGCCUCCUUUGGGUGUUGCCCUUUAGGGGCAGACAGCCCUUUAUUUUUUUUCCCCCUUGGGCCAUGUGGGGUCCCGUGUGCCCCUCCCAGCACAAGCCAGAUGCAUAAGCCAGGUGUCCACUCACCAUUGGUGCUCUGCACCUGCUGGUGCACAGCCCCCUUCCACUCGGGCGGCAGCGGGUCACGGAGCCACUCCCAUAGCACCACGCUCCUUCGUUUGGGGCCACUUUCUUGCCCUUCCUUUUCUCCAUGGUUUGGUGGUGCUGCUGUGACCUGCCAGCCAUUCAGAUCCUUCCAGUGGGGCUGUUAUGCAGAGCAGGAGAUAAAGUCGGAACCAGUGAGAAGAGGCUUAUUAAGUGAGGACACGUGAGGGCCUGGAGAUGUCCUGAGAGCAGAGGUGUCUCUGGCAAUCCUAUGUGGUUUUGAGAAACUUAGAAGCUCACGGAGAUCCUGCCUUUUUUCCACGGUCAGGCUGACCUAACAGUGUCCCGGGCUGGCCAACCCCCUUUUGGGCCCCCUUGCCCUGAGGAAGCCAGCCCUGUGUGUCACUCAAACCCCUUAGGAUAUACAGGGUGGGACUCCACAUCUGGAUGCUCAGUGUAGAUGGCUGUGGCUGAGAGAGUUUCCUUAUGUCUCCCUGUCCCUCAAAAGCCUCUUCCCCUGAGAUGCAGUCACAGUGAGGGGAGUCCUAAGGCAUCUGUAAUGUAGGGCUUGGCUCUUGUGUUGAGGCUUUGUCUCCCCAGGCACACCACCCAUCCCUGAAUUUCCAUGACGAGUUACUUUCCUCCUGACCUGUAAAUUUAAUCUGUAACAGUGGCUGUGGGCACAGGAGCAUGGUGGUGGUUUAUAUAAAUGUUGUCGGGCUUUGUUUUUUUUUUAUUAUUUAACUGCUGUGUGUGUGUUCCAAGUCCGGGAAAUGCCGAGCCAUGUGGCCACGAGGGAGCCAGCUGGCAUCUGAGCUGUGGCAGGAGCACCGUCGGGCCCGAGAGCCGACUCAGGAGGGCCAGCAGAGCCUCGCUCCUCCAGGAACACUUCAGCUCUCCUUGGAGGCGGGAGCUGGCGCGUACCUCCCAAAGACGGGUAGGCGGAGAGGAUGGUGGCCUUUAGAAAAGUCCUGCGCCACAGUGGAAGGAAACAGAAUAAAAGAGGAGCUUGGUUUUCAGGGACUUGUGCCGAGGCUCAGGUGACUGUGUUCUUUUCAAGCGAACAUUUUUAGGGCAUGGGAGCUUAUCAAGUCAGGAAGCCUCCACUGAGGGCAUGGCCUGGCCACAAUUAUUUCAUUACAAGCGCUUCUGAUGGUUCUUGGGCUGCCCAGCUGGUGACGCUCCGUAAGGCUGGGGUGUUGGCCCUUAGCGGUUCUGUCUACACAGACAGACCUGACCGUUCGCCCUGACCGAGGCCCCACCUCAGCCCCAGCAGCGCUCUGACCUGUGACAUCAGCUCAGUUAUUCAUGUACCCACCAGGCCCCGCUAGACAAUACCCCAUGGCAUUACAUAACACUUCUUAAGUGACUGUUUUGUAAGCUUGGGGACAAGCUUCUCUCUCCCUCUUUUCUCUUUCAAAUCAAAACAGCAAAUCCAGAGUCUGACAACCAGGACUAAGUGUUGCUCGCUGACAGGGCUAGGGUCUUGCAGCCCCCGGAGGGUCCGCCUCAGUGGGGAGACAGCCUCUUCCAGCUGCCCUGAGGCCAGGCAAGCCCCUCGUGGGCUUCCAGAGAAGCUCCAUCCGUUUUCAAAGAUGUCAAACCUCACUUGUUCCAGUGGGGCCUGGGUCUUGCCUCCUGUCAGGGCCAGACCAUGGAAGGCUAUUUUCUAUUCCGGGGAUUGUUGUAAUUUAAAUGAUUGUUUUAAUAAAAAUUCUAAGCUGUCAAAAGUG